CAGCUGCGGCAAACAGAUGAACAACAACAACAAACAGACAAACAACAAACCUGUUACACAUUCAGUCUGUGAGUUGUCUUUAGCUUCCAGAGCUGUACUAAACAAAAUAACCAGUCCACUAACCUGAACUAUGGAUGCCGUUUAAAGAUGAAGCAGAUGAUUCAGAGAGAAGAAUCCAGAAAAUGCAUGGCCAUGUGCCUUGAAAACGAUCUGAAGAAGUGGACUGAAGAAACAAGGACUUACCCGUGUGACAAAAGUCUGAAUCCAGCUCUGGCGGAGCCAGCGACAGCAACAACAUCAAGAGCAAACGCAAUUACAACUGAAACAGUGAAGUUCGAUGAGCAACAGCUACAACAGCUGCAGCAAGGAGAUGAACAUCAAACAACAUCAGGCAACAACAACCUGAUUACAACAUUUAGCCUGCGAGUUGUCUUAGCUCCAGAGCAGACCAAACAAAAAUAA